AUGGAGAAUAAGGAGACGGCCUCUGACGCCGCGCCGGCGGUGGACAAUGGCUUCAUUCCUCUUGUUACCGUUGUCGGUUUCCACCAUGCGAGAGGUCCUGAGGUAGAGAGCUGGUUUGGGGUUGAGGAGGGGACAGAUCCCGCGACCGACAACGACUGGCCACUUUUACCGUUCAUGGCAUUGAGCGACGGUGCACAUACCUCGUCCGAAGACUUCUCCUACUUCACGCUCCUGCGACCCGCCCAAGGCUCUCUCCCGGCAACAUCUCUCUUCGGUAUCUCCUGCACAAGGCAAAUGGACGCGUCGGCCCUUCUCAAUCGCCCUGCCGAUGUAACGCGUUCCACUGUCCAGAAAGCAGUGGUGGUUAUAGCCGACUCGCCCCAGUUCUUCGGCAUGCUGAGAGAACGACUCGGUGUAGUAACUACGGCGUGGUUUGCACAGAAGGAAUUUACCGAUACGGAGAUUUUGAAGCGCUUUCAGGAGAGUCUGAAAGAGGAAAAGGAGAGAGGCGUGGGAUUAGCAGAGGAAGACCGAGAGGAGUACUUGGGGAUGAGUUUGAGAGAAUUGGUGAGGGAGUUCAGAUGGCAGACAUUGGUGCUGCUUAAAUGUUGCCUACUCCAGCCCAAGGACUGUGCAGACCCGGACUUGGAUAGUUAUGAAAAGCAACUGGUCAAACCGACGAGUUUGAAGACUAGUGACAGGAAUUCUUUGCUAGCUUACAUGGGGCUACCACUUCAGAUAUUUGGGAAGGGAAGUCUCUUUGGCCCUUAUACCCCCUUGCAACAGCUCGAUAUCCUAGCAGAUUACGGCACAAAAUCCUACAUUGUCGGCUCGACCAACUCACUUUUGCUGCAACAGAAGGAUCGCUAUAGCGAUAUUUUGAUCAAUCUAGAUGACACUACUAUCAACAUUACGUCCAGCUCUUUACGAGCAGCUCUUACGCUCUCGGUUGCUGACCGCCGCUGGAUCGAUUUCAUUACCCAAUCCGUUAACGACACCUGGGAUGAGUCCAACCCCGGCCGACCAAAAACAAUGGGCUAUGUUGGCUCCGAAGAGUUCAUCCGCUUGCAAUUCGAAGAGUACCUCCUCUCCCUCAUCUCGGCAGUAAAAUGCCACAAUUACCUAAUCCACCACGCCCACAACCCGAAGGCGAUGCUCCCGCAAGUUGAAGGCGAUCCAGCCCAUGAUUUUGGCGUCGAUUGGAUCGAAGCCUGGUCACGGAGCGAGAACUACCGGAUCUGGGAACGGAAUACAGAUUCACACCUCUUCGAUAUCGUCGAGCCUAAACAUCCCUGUGCAGGGGGUCUCACGAUUGACGAUGUGCAGCGCCGGAUCGCGGAACAAGUCAAGGAAUUCCAUCUCGAUGAGCGAUUCGCGGUGGGCAAGGAAGUGCUCGGCCGGAAUUUCGCAGCGGGGAGGGAAAAGGCUUCUACGGUGUUCAACAGGCUGUAUGCGGACAUGGAAGCUUUGAAGGAAGCCCAGAGGAAGAAGCAUGAGGAGGCCAGAAGGGAAGCGGAGAGAAAUGGCACGCCUCUUCCUAGCCCGGGGUUCUCUGCCCCAGAUCUUAAUGGUGCGAAGCAGACGGUGCAGAGUGUGGGGAGUAAGGCUGGUGCUUAUAUUGGCAGUUGGGGUACAUGGAUGGGCGAGAAGAGAAAGGGGGGUUGGGGCGUGGGGAGGAAUAACUCGACGCAGCAACGAGUGAAGGAGAAGGAGAAGACUGCCUUACCACCACAGUCAGCGAGAAUCGAGAAGUCGAUAGAUUAUAAAGUGCCAGUAACGAAAGUCGAAGAGCGACCGAACACACAAGGGAGUUUCAAGGAGAGCAUUUUUGAUGCUGAAACGCCUGAGCGGAAUGGAGAUGCGCACGAGGUUAAGAAAGUGGAUGUCGUACCCGUGGUGCACGCCCCCCUACCUCCACAUCCGUCGAAAUUCCACGAAGAGAUGGACAGUCCUCGAGAGGCUCCAAAGGAAAUCACUGAUGCGGUGGUGGCCGCCGAGGAAUCGGAGGCACAGGAAGAGGUUAUACCCAAGAAAUCGGAUGCGACUGAGAACUUAGAUGCGGUCGCAAAGGCUGUGGACGAUGCAACGGCCACCCCCAUCUCACCAUAA